UUUGAUUAAAGUGACCCGGUUUAAAUAGUAACCCGCCAGAAAAUUGCGGUCAAAUCAAAUGGUAGAAGUUCAAAACAUUCAGCAUGCAAUAUUAGUUCAAAAUGCCCCGUUUCUAGAGUUCCGGACUAUCCACAACCGGUCAAUUCAGUAGUCUUUCAAACCUGAAGAAAUUUUUGGAUCCAAAAGGUCCCACUGCUCAUCAAUCACUAUUCGUACUUAAUUUUAAGAAUCAUCUCCUUUGAUUCAAAGCUUUUUAUUUAUUUAAAUUUACUAUCAGAAUUUAGAAGAACUGUCGACGAAUAUCAUUCAGAGAACAAGAAAAAGAGAUGGCGUCAGAACGGUUGAUGUCAGAUGGUGGGCCCCGGUAUGCUCAAAUGCGAUCAGAGCCGGGGUCGUCUUUUUUUACGUCCUUCGGUUCGGGUCUCGAACCCGAGUCGUCGCGGAUUUUCGAUGAGUUGCCUGAGUCCACCAUCGUUUCGGUUUCUAGACCCGAAGCCGGAGAUAUUUCCCCCAUGCUUUUAUCUUACACGAUUGAAUUUCAAUACAAACAGUUUAAAUGGAGACUUGUAAAGAAAGCCACACAUGUACUUUAUUUACACUUUGCGUUGAAGAAACGUGCUUUUUUCCAGGAGAUUCACGAGAAGCAAGAGCAGGUUAAAGAAUGGCUUCAAAAUCUAGGAAUAGGCGAUCACAUGGCAGAGAUGCAAGAUGAUGAUGAUGGUGAUGAUGAUGCUAUCCAUGUUCAUAGUGACGAAACUGCUAAGAACAGAGAUGUUCCAUCAAGUGCUGCGCUACCAGUCAUUCGCCCAGCUUUAGGAAGACAGCAUUCAAUGUCGGACAGAGCCAAAGUUGCAAUGCAACAAUACUUGAAUCACUUUCUGGGAAAUGUAGAUAUUGUUAACUCCAGAGAGGUUUGCAAGUUUUUGAAGGUUUCAAAGUUGUCAUUUGCACCAGAGUAUGGCCCUAAGCUGAAAGAAGAUUACGUGAUGGUUAAGCAUCUUCCAAAAAUUUUGAAUAACGAUGAUUCAGGAAUAUGCAACUGCUGUCCUUGGUUUAAUUGUUGUAAUGACAAUUGGCAAAAGGUAUGGGCUGUACUGAAACCUGGAUUCUUGGCCUUACUGGGAGAUCCAUUAGAUACCAAACCUAUAGAUAUAAUUGUUUUCGAUGUGCUACCAUCCUCUGAUGGGAAUGGUGAUGGUCGAGUAUCAUUAGCAACAGAAAUUAAGGAUCGUAAUCCUCUACGCCAUACAUUUAAGGUGGCUUGUGGCAACCGGAGCAUUAGGUUAAGAACCAAGAAUAGUGCUAAAGUUAAAGAUUGGGCUGCUGCAAUUAAUGAUGCUGGCCUUGGGCCUCCAGAGGGCUGGUGUCAUCCUCAUCGUUGCUCUUUUGCUCCUCCUAGGGGUUUGACUGAUGAUGGAAGUCAGGCUCAAUGGUUUGUAGAUGGUAGAGCAGCCUUUGAAGCUAUUGCUUCAUCAAUUGAGAAUGCUAAAUCAGAGAUUUUUAUUUGUGGCUGGUGGCUGUGCCCAGAAUUAUAUAUGCGGCGUCCUUUUAAUGUUAAUGCUUCUUCAAGGCUUGAUGCCUUGUUGGAAGACAAAGCAAAGAAAGGGGUUCAGAUCUAUAUUCUUCUCUACAAAGAGGUUGCUCUUGCUUUGAAAAUAAACAGUGUGUACAGCAAGAGAAAGCUUUUAAACAUUCAUGAGAAUGUGAGGGUACUGCGUUAUCCGGAUCACUUCUCUACUGGCGUUUACCUAUGGUCCCACCAUGAAAAACUUGUCAUUGUUGAUUACCAGAUUUGCUUUAUUGGAGGACUGGACUUAUGCUUUGGUCGUUAUGACACAUUUGAACACAAAGUAGGUGAUAAUCCUCCUCUGAUAUGGCCUGGGAAGGACUAUUAUAACCCUAGGGAAUAUGAACCCAAUUCAUGGGAAGAUACAAUGAAAGAUGAAUUGGAUCGUGGAAAAUACCCUCGCAUGCCUUGGCAUGAUGUCCAUUGUGCCCUCUGGGGACCACCUUGUCGUGAUGUGGCUAGGCACUUUGUUCAGCGCUGGAAUUAUGCUAAGAGAAGUAAAGCUCCUCACGAGGAAACAAUUCCACUACUCAUGCCUCAGCAUCAUAUGGUUAUUCCACAUUACAUGGGAAGAAGCAGAGAUGUGGAGAUUCAACGUAAGGAUGGUGAAGACAAUCCUGAAGGAAUGAAAAGACAGGAUUCCUUUUCCUCUAGAUCAUCUUUUCAAGAUAUUCCGCUGCUGCUACCUCAAGAUUCAGGUGGGUUGGAUGGUUCUCAUGGAGGCCCAAAAUCCAAUGGGAUGGAUAUUAAUACUACUAAAAGUGUUUCUUUCAAAAUUGAACCAGUAACUAUAGAUACACCAAUGAAAGGCUUUGUAGAUAACUCUAACUCCUCCCAGCCGCCUUUGAAACCAUCUGUAGAUGUAUCGACACAGAAAAGAGACAAAACUUCAGAUCCAGAGUGGUGGGAAACACAAGAACGUGGUGAUCAAUGUGGUUCCAUGGAUGAAAGGGGACAAGUAGGUCCACGUACUUCAUGCCAUUGUCAGAUUUUAAGGAGUGUCAGUCAGUGGUCUGCUGGAACAAGCCAAAUUGAAGAAAGCAUUCACUGUGCUUAUAAAUCUCUCAUUGAGAAGGCAGAGCACUUUAUCUAUAUAGAGAAUCAAUUUUUCAUAUCAGGUCUUUCAGGGGAUGAAAUUAUAAGGAAUCGUGUUUUAGAAGCAUUAUACAGUCGUAUUGUGCGAGCAUACAAUGAUAAGAAGUGCUUCAGGGUCAUCAUUGUCAUACCACUGCUUCCAGGUUUUCAGGGUGGUGUUGAUGAUGGUGGUGCAGCAUCUGUGAGAGCCAUAAUGCAUUGGCAGUACCGAACAAUUUGCAGAGGACAGAAUUCAAUAUUGCAUAACCUUUUUGAACUUCUUGGUCCAAAGACUCAUGAUUACAUUUCUUUCUAUGGUCUUAGGUCCUAUGGUAGACUAUUUGAUGGUGGCCCAGUGGCCACCAGUCAGGUGUAUGUUCAUAGUAAAAUUAUGAUAAUUGAUGAUUGUGUAGCCUUAAUUGGAUCAGCUAAUAUAAAUGACAGGAGUUUGCUUGGUUCAAGAGAUUCUGAGAUUGGAGUACUUAUUGAAGACAAAGAGCUGGUUGAUUCAUGUAUGGGAGGAAAACCAUGGAAGGCUGGAAAAUUUGCUUUGAGUCUUCGCCUAUCGCUUUGGUCUGAACACCUUGGUCUUCAUGCAAGGGAUAUAAAUCAAAUAAUUGACCCAGUAAUUGAUUCAACAUACAUAGAUGUAUGGAUUGCAACAGCAAGGACAAAUACGGCUGUUUGCCAGGAUGUCUUUUCUUGUGUACCCAACGAUCUUAUACAUUCCAGAGCUGCAUUCAGACAAAACGUUGCCAUGUGGAAAGAGAAACUUGGCCAUACUACCAUAGACUUAGGAAUAGCUCCUGUGAAUCUUGAAUCCUAUGUGAAUGGAGAUAUUGAAAAAAUUGAUCCCAUGGAGAGAUUACAGUCCAUGUGCGGACAUCUUGUUUCAUUUCCUUUGGAAUUUAUGUCCAAAGAAGAUUUGAGACCCGUGUUUAACGAGAGUGAAUAUUAUGCUUCUCAAGUUUUUCAUUAAGCUGCGGUGCAGAGUCCGGUAAGCCCCGUGAUCUUUUUUCACAAUUGCUGGAAAUUGCCUUUUUAUUUUCUUUUUGGAAAUCAAAUAGAAAACACACAAACACACACGUGAAUACACAGAGAGGAAGAUAAGGAGAGAGGCAGGCAUUAUUUUUGCUUUGCCCAACAGAUUUUUUUUUUUUUCCAAACUGGUCAUUUUUGUGUAAAUUCAUAAGCAAAAAAAAUUGGUAAAUAUUAUCUAUUUUUCUUCGAGCU